AGGAACCUUUGCUACAUCCAGUCUUAGUAAGCCUGGUCUGUGGUCUGUUGUCCUCAGCCUGGUCCUUAAGUGCAAAGAAGAAGGACUGUCUCAGGAUCACAGCAAUUUAACAGUGAGGCGGUGUGGCCUCCCUCCUGCUCAGUUGGGGCUGAGACGCCAGAGUAGGCAGACGGACCCAGCUCGCUCCUGGCCACCGACCCUGCUGCUGAGGCCAGUGACGCCCUGCCUGCCAGGGAACUUACUGCUGCCACGGACCUGCCAGGACUGCCGUGGGCCAUUUAUCCAGUGGAGGCAGACAACACCCCGCUACUCCAGUUUAAGAUGCUGAGAGUGGGCAGUGUUUUACUGCUUAUGGUAGCAGCAUCUGUUGCCAACAUAGGCAAGGAUCCUACCCUUGAUUCAGACUGGGAACGCUGGAAGACAAUCUACCAAAAGCAGUACAGCAGUGAGGAGGAAGAGCUUUCCAGGCGCCUGAUCUGGGAAAAAACCCUGAAAAUGGUUACAGUUCAUAACUUGGAAGAGUCAAUGGGAAAGCAUUCAUACACAAUGGCCAUGAAUGGCUUUGCAGACAUGACAUCUGAGGAAGUAACGGCUACAAUGACAGGGCUCAGAGUAUCUGACUCAGAAAUGGAUAACCUUACAGUUGAUUGGCCUCAAGAAAGUAUUCAGGAUCAGGCCCCAGACUGCAUAGAUUGGAGGAAGAGUGGUUAUGUCACCAAUGUCAAGAACCAGGGAUCUUGUGGUUCUUGUUGGGCUUUCAGUGCCGUGGGGGCCUUGGAAGGACAACUGAAGAAGAAAACAGGGCGUUUGGUGUCACUUAGUCCCCAGAACCUAGUAGACUGCUCCGGGAAAUAUGGCAACUAUGGUUGCAAUGGAGGCUUAAUGACUAAUGCUUUCAGAUAUGUUAUAAACAACCGUGGCAUUGACUCAGAAACGUCAUACCCAUAUGAAGGUCGGGACAAGAAUUGCCGUUAUAAAACUUCUGGACGGGCUGCCACCUGUGUCAGUUAUAAAAAUAUACCUAAGGGAAGUGAAACUUAUCUUGAAAGAACAGUGGCUUCAGUGGGACCAAUAUCUGUUGGUAUAGAUGCAAGUUUGAGAUCCUUCCACCUAUACCACAGUGGUGUGUACUAUGACUCACAAUGCACGUCUUCACAUAUAAACCAUGCCGUUCUUGUUGUGGGAUAUUGUGUGGACAGAGGUGUGCCAUACUGGCUCAUCAAAAACAGCUGGGGAACCAGAUGGGGUGAUCGAGGUUAUAUCCGGAUGGCAAAAAACAGAGGCAACCUUUGUGGAAUAGCUUCAUUUGCCAGCUAUCCACUGAUGUGAAAAAUAGACUUAAUCCUGGCAGGCAGGAAUGAAGAGUCAAACAUGCUUUAAAAUUAAUUUUGUUCUGAGUUCCCCAAAGAACUGUAGCCUUCAAUAAGUCCUGUCUUGAAUCAUACAAAUUUGAUGGACCCCAAAGGAUCUGUUAAAUGCAAGAACAAAAAACUACUGUAAGAAUCACUGCUUGCUAUAAAACUUCAUGAGUGCUAGCCGUCUUGGCAUAUUGCUUUCAUGUUCCCUAACCAGCCUGGAGCAGCAUUCAGAAAAUCAUCUACACCAACUACUUCAACCAACUAGUCACAUGAUACUGGUUCUCCUUGCAUCCGAAGAAGUGAGGUUUUUACUCACGAUAGCUUAUGCCCAAAUAAAUCUGUUAGUCUUUAAGGUGCCACCAGACUCCUUGUUGUUUUUGGUUCUCCUUGUUUCAUUAAUAGAAGUUAAAAACAUAUUAGGAAAUCAUCUAAUAUUACUUUCCUAAAUGGGCAAUUGCUAGUCACAAACAGGAGUGGAGGUGGUGCAUGUGUUCACAAAUUGAAGGAGAUGUGUCCUCAAAACAAUCUCUUUAUUUUAUGGUCCACUCUAUGAAUAGCUGCUAAUUUUUGUAAUGAUGGACACCCUAUAACUACCUAGAUAGAUUAUUCAAAAAGUUUGAGAAGCUUUCUAUAAUCAAGUUUCUCAAAGGUUUUGCAGGUGAAACCGUUGCUUUUUAAUUUGCCAAAAAUGCCCUUUUUUAAUGCUCGGGUUUUUAAGAACCUCAAAACACACCUGAAAACAGUUGGAUAUGAUGUGUGAUAAGUAGCGUUGGAUGAAUUCCUGGAGAUUUCACCACAUGACACAAUCUUUAAUUAAAGAUUAAUCUUUAAUUCCUGCAGACUCCAGUACAAUCCUGGAGGGUUGGCAACCCUAAUGAUACGAUGUACUAUGGCACCAAAGUCAAUGUUAAAUGUGAGAUUUCCUGACAGUAAGUAAUCUCACAAUUUUAUCUCAUGUAUCACAACUGUUGGUGUUUUUUCUCAAAGAUCUUGGAUUCUUGUGAUUAUGUGAGGAUCUCAGCCGUCUUUUUAUUUUUUUUAAAUGUGUUUCUAGUGCUCAUGGUUGUGGAUAAAAGGUUGAAAAUGUGCCCCAAGUGAACCCCUACAGGCUCAAAGACCAGAAGGAAAAUAAAAAGCACCCUAAAUGUAUUUUUAAUCUCAUGAUUUUGGGCGGGGGCGUGACUCAUCAUUUUUGAAUGCUUGGGGUUGGCAAUACUCAUGUUAUAAUCUAGGUGAUGUAUUACAGAAAGAUGCAUGCAUGAUAAUUCAGAAUCUAUGUUAGGUCUUCUACCUUGUCCUGCUUCCUGGGUUUCUUGGUAAUUAAUGUCUUUGGGCUUGUCUUCACUACCCGCUUGGAUCGGUGGGUAGAAAUCAAUCUCUCGGGGAUUGAAUUAUCGCGUCUCGUUGGGACGCAACAAUCGAUCCCCAAAUCGACGUGCGUACUCCACCAGCGCAGGUAGGAGUAAGCGCCGUCGACGGGGGAGCUGCGGCAGUUGAUUUGCCGCCGUCAUCACAGCUGGGUAAGUCGGUUAUUCGCAUAGCUGAAUUUGCGUAUCUUAAAUCGAUUCCCUCCCCCCCCAGUGUAGACCUAGCCUUAGUAUGUUAAUUCCCCAAGAAUUGUACUGGGAUAACAGCUAGUAUAAUCUUUCAGAAUGAGGUUUUUAUUAAUUUUAAAUUGUUAAAUGACAAUCAAAGAUGUUUUCUCAAAACUUGCUUAAAAUGCUGAUUAUAAGAUUUUGCAUGCAUUACUUCCCACAGAAGCUUUAGUUUGUGGUGAUCAGUGUUGGUACAGUAUUGUGUAGCUAGCACCAGGACAGUAAAGGACACUUAAUUAGAGUGCUUAUUAGCUGAAACUUUGAUAUUUUUGUCCUUUUUUACUAAAUAAAAGCAAAACCUGAGAUAUGGCUUGAUAUUUGUCUAGUUUAAUUUUUAACUUAGAUGUUAUUGGUUUUUAAAUAUUGCACAAUACAUCUUUUUCAAAAUACAGUUCACAAAAAGUUUUUAACAAAACCAGUUCCAUUUCUGGCAAAGAAAUGUAGAACGAUGAAACAGUAAUAGGGAAUAUAGUCCUCUUUUAAUACUUUUCCUCAGAAAUUGCCAUAUACAUUAGUAGGGUGACUAGAUGUCCCAAUUUUAAAGGGACAGUCCCGAUAUUUGGGGCUUUUUCUUAUAUAGAUGCCAAUUACUCGCCACCCCCGUCCCAAUUUUUCACACUUACUAUCCAGUCACCCUAUAUAUUAGGCUACACUUGUGACUGUCCUAUCGUGUAUGUGCCCUAUUCCCCUCUGUGAGAUGGACUAUCCAAUAUGAUCUAAUGUUUUUAUGAUCCUGUAGGUGUCACUAGGCAUCACCCUAGCUAACUCGGGGGGUUGGAAGACCCGAAAGUCGAUGAAGCCCCCUCGCUCUAGGCCAAAGUGAAUCAAAGCCCCUGCAUGUUAAACUUUACUAACCUCACAGGCCAGCAGCUGGGAAGCAGUAGUGAUA